CUCUUAACGUCCCUCUCUCCCUCCCUGUGAUUAGUUCACAGAGCCACAUAGAUUUUAGAAAAUAGAGAGAGAGAGCAAGAAUCUCUUCAACAUCAUCAUCUCUAAUAGAAUACUCUCUCGAGUACCACUUCUCUUUCAGCUUCUCUUGGAUUACAUGAAAUAAAAAUCUAUCUUUCUGGUUUCAGAGAGAAGAUUGAGAGCUACUCCAUUUUUGUUGAACCUGUUUCUUUAUAAAUCAAAAUACUUCAUGGUUUUGAUUCCUUUUAUGGAGUUGAUCAGAUUGGAAUAGCUACUUUGGUUCCUGGGGAAUCUUUGUUUUUUUUUUUUUUUGAAGGGGAAAAAUAAAAAUGUCGCCGAAGAUCAAAGGAGAGAUUUUUAUCUCUAGAAGCUUAGUAUCUAAGAAAUGGACAUUUUUACUCUGCUUUGGGAGCUUCUGCUUUGGGAUACUCUUCACCGAUAGGAUGUGGAAUAUUCCAGAGUCUAAAGACAUAGCUCGACCAUCUGUAACAGAAGCUGAAAGGUUGAAGCUGAUCUCGGAGGGAUGUGGUCCAAAAACUCUCUACCAGAAAGAAGUAAAUCGCGAUCCUCAGGCUUUGUUUGGAGAAGUUUCCAAGACUCAUAACGCUAUACAGACAUUGGAUAAGACUAUUUCAAGCUUAGAAAUGGAGUUAGCCGCAGCAAGAUCAGCACAGGAGUCUUUAACUAAUGUUUCUCCUAUAUCGAAUGAUGUCGAGAAGAAACCAUUACCAGGGAAAAGACGGUAUCUGAUGGUUGUUGGGAUUAAUACUGCUUUUAGUAGCAGAAAGAGAAGAGAUUCUGUUCGAACAACUUGGAUGCCUUCAGGUGAAAAAAGAAAAAAGUUGGAAGAAGAGAAGGGGAUUAUUAUACGGUUUGUGAUCGGUCAUAGUGCCACUGCUGGUGGAAUCCUAGACCGAUCCAUUGAAGCAGAAGACAAGAAGCAUGGAGAUUUCUUGAGAUUGGAUCAUGUUGAAGGAUACCUCGAGUUAUCAGGCAAAACGAAAACAUAUUUUUCUACAGCGGUAUCAAUGUGGGAUGCAGAGUACUAUGUUAAAGUAGAUGAUGAUGUUCAUGUAAAUAUCGCAACUCUUGGGGAAACUCUUGUUAGACAUAGGAAGAAACCUCGAGUCUAUAUAGGCUGCAUGAAGUCUGGUCCAGUCCUAUCUCAAAAAGGAGUUAGAUACCAUGAGCCUGAGUAUUGGAAAUUUGGUGAGAACGGGAACAAGUACUUCCGACAUGCUACUGGACAGUUAUACGCCAUUUCAAGAGACUUGGCUUCUUAUAUUUCCCUUAAUCAGCAUGUUCUGCACAAGUAUGCAAAUGAGGAUGUUACAUUAGGUGCAUGGUUUAUAGGACUUGAUGUUACACAUAUUGAUGAUAGAAGGCUAUGUUGCGGCACUCCUCCUGAUUGUGAAUGGAAGGCACAAGCUGGCAACAUAUGUGUAGCUUCUUUCGACUGGACAUGUAGCGGUAUUUGCAGAUCAGCUGAUCGGAUUAAGGAGGUUCACAAACGAUGUGGUGAACCGGAAAACGCUAUUUGGAAAGCUAGAUUUUGAGGCCUUCCACAACAUAUACAUAGAUCAUAUAAAAAAUUUGGUUACUUUCAAACCCAAAGGGUCAUCAAACGAUGGUCACGCGGAAAACAUUUCUGUUUCUUCGUCUACUUCUUCAUAUUCUUUAUGGACCAAGAAGAUACCUACUUUUGUUGUAUAUCAUAGAUUCAUAGUUACUUACUUACAUAGGAGAGGACUAGAGAGUGAUAAGUAUGAAGUGAACCUCUUGCAAAGAUAGCGUUUGCGUUUGAGAACGGUAUGUAACAAGCGUUAUCCGUUUUAGUAGAAGGAAGCUAGACGCUGCAUCAAACGUGCCUGCUUCUUUCUUUUUUUUGGUUGUUAUAUAUUUUUGGAGUGAAGUGUAGUUUGUGCCAUUGUGGAUUUAGCUCAAUACAAAGCUACAAUAUUAUUGAUUUGAUUAGGAUUUAGAUUUUGGAUCAUGAAUAAGAUUUCAAGUUUGUAUA